GGUGUCGCGGCGCGAUGGGGCUGGCGGCGGCGCGGGGCUGGGCGCUGUCCCCGCUGUCGCCGGGCCCGGCGGAGCGCAGCCGGCCCUACGCUGUGCUGCAGCACCAGAACCUGGUGCUGCUGGGCAGCAUCCUCAGCGCUCUGCUGCUCACCAUCAUCCUCAUGGCCAUCUGUGUGUACCGGCCCGUCCGGCGGCGGUAGCGGAGCGGGACCCGCCGGGGCAUCCAGAGAAUGCUGCAUCCCACCCGGUUCUCCCGCCUGGAAUCCGCCAUCCCAGCAUCGCUUCAGCCCUGCCGGUUCUCCCGUCUGGUUCCCGCCGUCCCGGCUCUGCUCCGGACCCAGCAGGUUCUCCGCUCCGGUUC